AUGGCGGAUUUCUGCAGAUUCUUCGUCGCAGCGGGCGAAACGGGAAACCGGGCCACCCUCGAGAAACUACGGGGCCUGCUGGCGCACGAAAGGGACUCUUUUCGCAUAUGUAUACAGACGCUGAGCCAUCUUCUGGGGGUGAGGCUCAACGAGCUCAUCAGGUUCGACCGCAGCUUCGUCAUGAAGGACGACGUGGUGUCUAUUUACCUCUCCGGGGAACUACCGGAAAGCGUCGCCGCGCUUCUUGCCGACCUGGACAGGGAACCCACCCGCAAGCAUGCGGUGGCGCUGCAGAUCAGCAAGCUGCUCAAGGCUAGGUUACACUACGGACUCGAUGACGUCGUGCAAACCCUCGACGGGGCGCCGGCCAAGGACCUCUACAGCAGGAGCAUCGCCUGUUUGCUGCGGAUUUGUGUAUGCGCGCUUAAGGCAGAAUGUGACAUGCGUCGAGGCGCGGGCGGGUCUACGCCAAAGGUGCAGGCGUGCGUAGUCGAUGAGACUGGGACUUCGCUAUGUGAGAUACUGGCCAGGUGCUGCAUCAUCCUCUGCAUUUUUGGCGCCCAAGAGUCAAAUCUGUUCGACGAUGUCAGGCAAGUUCAGGAAACGUUGCUGCGGCUUGUACCUGGUCCACUAACGUUGCACAUCAUCGCCGCCUUUCCAGUCGUGGCAUUCGACGGCGACUGCCUAUUCACCCUACAGAACAGGCGUAUCUUCGUGGAGGCGCUUGCGGCGGUGGUGCCGGAGCUCCUGGAUCACAUCCUAAUUUUCAAUCGCAUUGGGGCGCAACAGGCAAACAAAACGAAGGAGGGUCGCCGAAGCAGAGAUGAUGGGCCAGAUGCAAAUCAGACCCGCGGGGAUUCUGCAAGAAGGGGUGCAGCAGACACGAGCCCAGUAUCAGCCAUGUCGCCUGCGUCUAUUCUGGACGCAACAUUGCAAGGGUUGAAGUGGGGAACGAAGGGUGACGGCUACAGCACACGAGCGGGUUUCAAUUGCAACGACUCCACGCGACAACCAGGGGCUAUCCAUAUAGACACGGAAGGGUGGGAAUUUGCCUUCGGAAACAUUCCGCGUGUCAGGACGCUGUCGCUAUUGCUCGAGUUCAUACUGAGAUUCGUGAAGAUAUCGAGCGACGGAAAGGUGGAGAAGCAAAUGCUGGGGUGGCUGGAUGCUCUGGUGUCCAAGCCCAGCUUCGUGCAAACCUUUGCCCCCGUCUUCUCCAUCGGCAACACGCACAACUUUGAAAACAUCCUGGAGCUGUCUCGCAUAUUGGGGAAGGACAUCUUUGUAUCGCACACGAUCCUGAGUGUCGGUUGUCACUCGGACGAGGCACUGCGAAUGGUCACAGCGGCCGGACUUGAAAUGCUCACCUCGAACCCCGAGUAUACGCGGAAAAUCCUCAUGUUUUUGGUAGAAGGGGUAUCGAAACGGCCGCAGGAAGUCAUCGAGUGUUGGUGCACGCUGCUCCGGCCGCUGGUGUUGCCACAGGAGAGCAACGCAAUCCAAUGGCAGUCAGAGAGAAGAGUUUCCGCAGCCUUGCUCGACGUAGUCGAUAACCUUAUCGCUGUCGUGGCGCAGUGCGCUCUUAUGCAGAACUUCGGAGACGAAUGCCAUCCGGACGAGGACAAUGUUCACGCCUGCACGGCACGACAACUCCUAGUGAUGCUCGUAGCGGUGGUCGGCACCAAGCGAGUCGCCUCCAGGCUUACCUACGCACUCGAUGCGGCACAUGAGGCAAUGGAGGAGACUGUCAGUGUGGAAACUGUGCAAGUUUUGGAGUUUGGCGUCUUUUGUGUGUGGCUGCUGAAGCUGAGCGUGCAUUCCGGGCGCAACAAGAAGCUGCUCGCGUUCGUCAAGCAAAUCAAUGAGCGCACGCUGGGUGACGCCAUCGAAAUUCUUGAGCGUUCAGCCAAAAACAAUUCCAUAGGCGCGCGGUUGGAAACUUUGGAAAGGAUAAAACGAGGCAUCCUGGCGAGCAGGUUAAAAGAGAAGGUCGAAAAGCACGAGGCAUGGUUCGACGACCUCCAUAUAAACCAACCCAAUAUAGUGAAAUGGGAGACCUACUACAGUGACUGCGCAGGUGAUAUGUUGCAGCAGCUCACCGAUGUUGUGCUAAAUCAAUUGCCUACCGUGGCGGACCCCAAGGCAGCGGCAGCGCCGUCGGAAAAAACGCCCACCAGGAGCAGCACCAAGAAGGCCUCCAAAGGGUCGCGAAAGGGUAGGGGCACUGCAGCCAAAAUGGCAACAGAGGACCGGGAUCACGUGACCUACGAUAGAACUGCCGCCAUAACGAGUUACGUCAAGCGUGCCAAGCUGCUGCUGCGUUUACACAGGUUCAACCGAACGAAGCAUGUCGAUGACAACGUGUACGCUACAAUAGUGGCGGUUAUGGUGCGGUUUGAUAUACCGUUGGAUGACUGUACCGAGAUAUUCGGGCUGAUGAUUGAUAGGUGCCCGCCGCGGUUGCUAACCAAUGCCUGCAAAAGCGGGCUCCCACGCCUCAGUGUCACGCUUCUGAAUGCCAUGGCCCUCAAUUUAGACGAAAGAUAUGCCGAAGUCAUUACCGAGAUUAUAACGGACGCGAUGGCCUCGUACACAGCCAAAGGCCGCGGCGUAAAACUGCUGGCCGCACUGAUGCAGCUCAUUGCAAGAGCGGCAAAAGUGCCGAGGCUGUUAGUGGAACUGCUCGCAACUGAUGCGAAGCUGUCAACGCUACAAAACUUCGUGGUCUUUGUGAACUGCCUCAAAAUCAAAAAGGCUCACUUCCUGGAGGCACGAGGCGCGAUGAACUUCGCACUGAUCCAGCGUUAUUUGCAAUACGGAACGGCGCAGGUUGAAGUGACGGUCACCAAGUUCUUGCAGCAACAAUUGAGGCGGUUUAUGACAGCCCGCGCAGCGCACUUCUCGAUGUCGCUGCACACCCACGGAGACCAAGAACAAAUACAAGAGGAACCAGCUGCGAAGGGGCAGCUCAAUACCCUGGAUGCGCUCGUCAUCAGCACGUUUCGGGUGUUCUUCGUCGUUAACACGCCUUCGGCAGCAGGAUGGCGUUCGAGGCCGCAGGGACAGAUCAACGACGUAUUCCAUUGGAACCUGCUGGGAAGGGAGUACUACAUCGCUUUCGGUACUAUCGCGCUACUGUUCAGUUGCUUUCACCAGCUCGACAGCACGAAAUUCAUGUUCCUCGCCGAGCAUUUUAUCGGGAUUGCGGCGAGGAUCAACGGGGACACCCACUCGACAGCACGACGGAGCAUACUGACGGACCACAGCCUUCUGCGCAAUGACGCCGUGGAAUACUUCUAUCAGGUCUACCGUAACCUUGCUAGGAGGUUCACAUUGAGUCGUACCCCCAAGGCACAAAAAACGAAGGCCGCGUAG